CUGGACCAAUUGGAAGACCGCCGACGGACGCCGCUCAGACCAACGACGCGAUCGGCUAAAUAACGACGAAAUUCCGUGAUUUAUCUAUAAUUUCAACAAACGCGAUCGGCUUUUUUUUUUGUGGCCCUCACUGUUGUUGCUGUUGCAACAAGUGAAAUGUUUGGUGCAAAGUAAAGGCGCAGACGCAGCCGCCGCUGUCGCCGUCCUCCAAUUGUGCAAGUGUUGUGUUUUGUGGUUUUUUUUUUGUUAACUGUUAAUUGAAAAGAGAGUCUCUCGCGCCGCGAACCACUCUCCACGCACGCGUGUCGAAAUUUUCGUGCCCCUCUCUCUCUCUCUUGCUCUCUUGUUCUUCGUUUACUGUAAUUUACAUUGGCGUUUUGUAGCGGGUUCUACGGUUAAUCCAAUCCCUAACACGUAUCCGUCCUCUCCUUCCCCACCCACCCACACACACACACACCCACACAAACCUAUGAGUAGAUCCGUGUUUGUUUUUAUUGUAGUUCGUUGUUUGUGUGUGGUUUGAAAGUGUGUGUGUGUGUGCGUGUGUGUGUCCUGAUGUUCUCUGCAGCCAAUGGGAAAAUCAAGCUGCCUUCGGAGGACACUGCUCUGGUGACUUCCCCACUGCGCUGCCUCUUCAAUGGACCCUUUCGCGAUCUGCACUUCAAUGUGAGCGGCGACCAUCGCCUGAUACCCGUCCACGAUGUGGUCUUCCUCGAUGACUUUGAGCGCAACGUCAAGCCGUUGAUCUACAGGCCCGUGACGUCAGAGACAUCCGGCGGCGGGGUUCUUCUAGCCAGCGAGUCGUCUGAAAAGCCGCCCCCCCACACCUAUGCCGCUGCCAACAGUGAUACGUGAGUACAACCCGAAAUUUGUAUGAAACCCCACGAAACAAAAGACGCCGCGUUGCUGCCACACCGAGUGUGUGGCACGCUUACAAAGGGACCACAAAACUUGGGGCGGGCGGGCACAUUCCGUCAGGUAUUUACUUUUCCUUCAUUUCGUUGGCAUCUGAAUGCAGUUCCCCUUUUGCUUAUUGUGCGGUGAAACAUAAUUAAACAUUUGAUUAAAUAAUACAAAUAGUCAAAGCAUUUAAAUGUGACACAAAUUGAGCCGAAAAUGUUGUGCAAAUAUAUUGAAAAUGUUUCAAGAAUAAUGGUUUGUAUAUUAUAGUCAUAUUCUUUGUAUUUAUAUUAUAUUUUAAGGUUUAAAUUGUUGUCUUUAAGUGGAGUUUUUGAUGUUUCCAAUUCUAUUUAAGAUUUUAACUUUUAGGGAUGCCAUCUGUGGCUUCCUAUUGAAAUUUCAGGGCAGGAAACGAGCUCUAGAAAUACACUUCUCAUUCAAAAUGUUUAAAGUAAUACAGAUCACAGCUCUUAAAUACAGAAUAUGUAUAGAAGAUCAUCUUUAUACGUAUGAAAAGAGAUGCCAUCUGGUGGUUAGGCGUUGCCACCUCGAUUGCUUCGAUUACUUCGACUGUUUCGACAGCUUCGAUUACUUCGAUUGCUUCGACUGCUUCGAUUGCUUCGACUGCUUCGAUUGUCAAAGAUUAUCAUUCAUUAAACAUUGCCCAUGCUCCUGCUUCUCAUCCUCUGGACGUCCUUGCCACUUGAUGUGACAGCUGGUUUUUCUACGAGUAAACAUAUUUGCAACAAUCAGGGGCAUGGCACGUUUAAGACAAAACGAAGACAAAUGCUUACGUCUGACGGCAGGGAUACCCUCGAAAGGGGAGUGUACCCUCUUGCCUUCAAUAAUUACAGUUACUCGAAUGCCACUUCCCCCCCCUGCUCAGUCGCUUGUACAACACUCAGGUUUUGCUACACGUUUUUCUAGGGAACUUUCCCUCACGAGUCCCUUUGCGGAGCGUUACGUAUACGCGAAAACGUGUCUUUGCCGAAAGCUAAAUCUGGUUUGGGGAAUCUCUCGCAGGAAAAAAAGGGAAAACGGAUAAGGGCAACAAUGGAAGAAUGUAAAAAUACUCACAAGAACGAGUAUAUUGGAAAUGAAAUGUGAUAUGGAUGUUAUACAAUGUGGCACACACACACACACACAGAUACAGAAUGAAUCCAAUCCAUGCGAAGCAAAUCGAAUCGAAUCGGAUCCAUAAGAGCAGUUGAUUUUACGAGCCUUAAGCAUGACACUGAAAUUAACUGCGAGGACGAAUGCAUACGCAGAUUUUUAUGACAGACCGCCACCAACUCCACCCCCACCAAAAAGAGAGUGGCAUUGCGGAUGCGGUGGAUGGAUCCGCAAUCCGCAAUCCACGUGGAAGUGUGGAAUGGAGCGGAAUUUCCGCUGCGAGGCAGAGGAGAUGCACUCGGUACUUGUUUAUCCCCAUGUGUGUGUGUGUGUGUGUGGGUGUGUGUGUGUGUGUGUGGGGGGCUCCAAUCAACUCCCCCAUUCUUUCCAGUUUUACGAGCAUUUGUUUGCUCAGUCCAAAGCGAGUAUGCGUGCAUCAAUGAUGAGUGUCGAUGGUCGAUUGGCCCAAAUGACAGGAUAUAACAUCAAUUUGUUGAAUAAUGAACGCAAAACUUAGACAGAAAUGAUUUUGAAACGUUUUUGGUAGAAAUUCAGUUUCGAUUUAUUAUCGAUAACAUUAUUUGUGAAUUUAGACCAUAAACCGAAUACAUUUUACGUGUAGAUCAAAUGUACAUACCGAAAGGAUAGAAUCUCGAUUGAAAUAAAUCGAUAUUUCAAUCGAUUUUCCUUCGAUUUUUAAUCGAAUUAAUCGAUUUCGAAUUGUUUUCCUAACAACAAACUAAAAGCUUAUGAACGAUAUGUAGCCGAUACUUUAUUAUCUUUAUUGAUCGAUUAUUAAUCGAUAUUUCUCGAUAUUUUGUUUACUAAAGAUUUGUUAUCGAUAAAUAUACUUUUUUAAUACAAUUUAAACGUCACCGAAUAUUAAAGGAUAUUUGAGACAACUUUUCAAUCCAGUCAAUCCGUUAAAUCGAUAUUUUAGUCAAUCGUUGUUCGAUUAUUAGUCGAUAGACCUUUUGGGUCCACUAAUCCUUUCGCUUUCUUCACUGUACUGCAGGUAAGCCCCUACUUCUGCAGGGUAUUCUGCAGCAGCUCCAGCUUUGAAUGCCUUGACCAUUCACUAGUCAUGAAGUUCCGGCCUCAACGUGGACUGUGGACCCUGGCAAAAGGCAAUCAAAAUCUAACCUCAGGGUUUUCGUUGGGGUGGGGUGGGGGGGGAGGGGGAGGCAUAUUGCAGCUUCUGUGUGUCAACAGGUUUCGGUAUGGGCCCGUCGACUGCAUCGCUGAUUUCAUUCGCUCUUUGCCCCUGGGCCGUUGUCUCUCCUUCCUUUAAUUUUUCCUCUAAUUGACAAAUGGAUUUUGAGGUCCAGGAAAGAGCACGGCAUGAAUGUGGUGUUCAUAAAUAUGCUGAUACGCUGUGCUCUCGAAAUGAUAUGAAAAUUGGGAUUGAGCUCCCUAUUGCCACCCUGUAAAUGUCCUUCGGGGGCUUGUAAAUCUCCACUCGACUCCACUCGCCUGCUGUUGCUGCUUCCGCCUGUCUGUCUUUCCUGUCUGUCUGUCUGUCUGCCUCUCUGUUUGGCAUUAAUAAUGUAAACGUUUUAAUAUUUAAUAUUACGCAUACGACAUGUUGCGCCAUUUCUUUUUUAAGCUUCUUAACAUUGCUCUGACAUUUAAAUGAAUUUUCAAUAAUUUCGUUGUCGGCUUUUCGGGGCGUUUGAGGGGGUUCUGGCCACCGAAUAGAGUUGUUGUUGCAUGCCACCAACAAGCACUUAACGCCUAGAAAGAAGGACCCUCGUCUACCCACUUCCGCAUCCACAGGAGGUCCCCCCUCCCC